AGGGAGUCAUAAAACAGAACGCUAUUCCAAAACUUUGCAGAAACUUUUUGCUAGUCUUCACGAGUUCAUUUCAUAGAAAUUCUUAAAAUAUUAUAAUGAAAUUUAGUAUUGCAUUAAUUCUAAUGCUCGCCACCUUGGCAUCAGCAAAUAAUUUUCAAAUGAGAGAGGAUUGCGCUAGAGAACUUCAAAUUAAAAAUUACCAUCGAAAUACUAUUCCUGAGGGUCAUCUAGGAAAAUGCUUUUUAAAAUGCAUGUAUGAGAAGAACGGAGCUUACGAUAAAGAGAACGGGUUUAAAAUCGAAAAAAUAUAUAAUGAAAUUAAAAAACAUCAUCGUCCUAGUAUUGCUGAAGGUGAACUUCUUGGUCUGAUUGAAAAUUGCGUCAAGGAAAGUAAUAAAGCAGAUGAUCCUUGUGAACGUGUUUACCGUGCAUCAGUAUGCUUUGAUAAGCUUGAUUAACAAUUUAGAAAGAAAAAAGUGCAAACAUAAUAGAAAGUAAACCGUGACCGCAGUUAUAAUUUAGGAAAAAGAGAAAAUAUUUGUAUUUCUUAAAUAAAUACUGGCAAAAGCCAAAUUUCAGA